AUGACAUCUUAUCACCGGACUAUCGCCGAGUGUAUUUUGAGGUUAGGUUUUCUCGUUUAACUGCUCUAAAUAAACAUUUCUUUUUACGUGCAGAUAAAAAUAACAUAAAGAGAUGUUGCCUCACAACAUGUUAGUGUCCUGAAAGUGAAUGUCGCUUGGAAAGAGCAUUCAAGUUGUGUAAUAUCAUAUCAAUUUUAAACCUGUCGUGGCAGUAAACAAGAGGUUCGAUUGCUUGUCAAUAGAGCGAAAUGGCUGUGGAAUUUUUAAUAAACAGGCUGAAAGCCUUAAUUCUAGUUAUUGUGGGCGCUUUUAGACGUGCUAUGUGUUGUUUUCGAAGAAGAAGAAGAUCUUCGUGUGACUCGAUUCCUCUUUCUGCGAUUGGAGUCGUUCCUAACCUAACCAACAAUCGUGGAGAAUUGAUACAGUGGGAACAGUGGGAGGAAAAUCCAGUCGUCGUAGUGCCAGAUAAACCAAUAAAUCCAAUCCAAGAAAAAAUAGAGCAAUAUCGACAGCAAGCUUCUAGACCUACAGAUCCCUCGGAAGAAGAGCAGCAACCCAACUUUUUUGAAGAUAUGACUCCAAGAAUUACUCGACAAACAAAAAUUUUAAUCAGAGAUAAGAAGUCGAAUAGUGCCAACAAAAAUUCGACAAAGUUUGCUGUCAUCACAGAUCCAAUACCAACGAAUGAGCUGAAAGAAUGGGAAGACAAUGCAGCCGGUUGGGAGGAGGAAACCGUCGAAGAAUUUGGAGAUCCAACCGAAGUUCUGAGGGAACAAAAAAGAAGGGAACGCGAACGGCGUUUGUUUGAACAGCAGCAAAAACGAAUGGAGCGAAAUAUAAGGCCCCAACCUCUAGGUGCUAAAAUCACUUCUUGAUCAAAAAUUCAAGAAGAUUUUUGCAGCAUCUGCAAUGAUUUGCCAAAUUUUGUUUCGGCGGAACAGAGAUUUAAGCAUAAACGCAAAAAGAAAAGCGGGAUUCGUAUGCAAACCUAAAGGGAACAUAAAUUUUAAAAAUGGGGAAACGGUACUCGUAACAAAAACCUUAUUAAAUAAUUGAAAAGUGCGGAUGCACUUGUUCCUUUAAAAGAGAAGACUGUGACGUAAACGCGUAUACGAUCACCAUUUCCAUAUGUUAUUGCAUACAAAAAAAAUGGGUGAGUUCUCCGAAAAUUUAUAUUAGAUAAAUGAAAAAUAGCGGUUUUUUUUGUACAAAUUAUUAAUAAAAGUUUAUAGUUUAUUCGUAAAAGAGA